GUGCAGUGUGCUCCCAGGUGACUCUCAGGUGACUCUCAGGCAUCUAUCAGAGCCAUCCGCACCCCUGGAGAAGAACCUUCUCCAGCCUCACUGUCCUCCCAGCUAUAGACCGAGGCCACGAUGGGGAACGUUGCCCAGGGCUUUCGGGACUACUUCUGCCGGCCGAAGAACACCAACAUUCGGAUUAGUCUGCCGGCUGUCUGCUUUGUUUGGCAGACUGCCAUGAUCAUCCUGUUUGGAGUCUUCAUCCGCUACGACGAGGAGUCAGACACUCACUGGGUAGAGCACAGGAGAGAGGCAAAUAUAACCAGUGAUCUGGAGAACGACUUCUACUUCAGAUAUCCAAGCUUUCAGGAUGUGCACGUGAUGAUCUUUGUGGGCUUCGGUUUCCUCAUGACGUUUCUAAAGCGCUACAGCUUCGGUGCCGUUGGCUUCAACUUCCUUGUCGCCGCCUUCGGGAUCCAAUGGGCUUUGCUCAUGCAGGGGUGGUUCCACUCGCUUGACCCAGAGACAGGAAAGAUCUACAUUGGUGUCGAAAGCUUGAUCAAUGCAGAUUUCUGUGUGGCCGGCUGCCUAAUUGCGUAUGGGGCCGUCCUGGGGAAAGUCAGCCCAGUCCAGCUGCUGGUCCUCACGUUGUUUGGGGUCACCCUCUUUGCUGUGGAGGAGUACAUCAUCCUGGAUCUCAUUCACGCCAGGGAUGCCGGCGGCUCCAUGGUCAUUCACACGUUCGGAGGCUACUACGGUCUGGCAAUCUCUUGGGUCCUCUAUCGACCAAACCUCCACCAGAGCAAACGCCUGAAUGGUUCCGUCUACCACUCUGAUGUCUUCGCCAUGAUUGGCACCCUCUUCCUCUGGAUGUUCUGGCCCAGUUUCAACUCCGCCAUCACCGACCACGGAGAUGGACAGCACAGGGCAGCCAUCAACACCUACCUGGCGCUGGCCUCCACUGUGCUCACCACGUACGCCAUCUCCAGCCUCUCUGCCAAGCGAGGAAAGCUUGACAUGGUGCACAUCCAGAAUGCUACCCUGGCUGGGGGAGUUGCCAUGGGAACAGCUGCGGAGUUCAUGAUCCAGCCCUAUGGCUCACUGAUUGUUGGUUUCUGCUGUGGAAUCCUCUCCACGCUAGGCUACCUGGUUUUGUCGCCUUUCAUGGAGAGGGUCCUGAAGAUUCAGGACACGUGUGGAGUACACAACCUGCACGCCAUGCCUGGAGUCAUCGGGGGGGUGGUGGGCGCCAUCACUGCCGCUGCAGCCACAGUGGACGUCUAUGGCAAAGAGGGAUUGAUUAACACAUUUGACUUUGAGGGUGACUUCGUGAACAGAACAGUUGGGAGUCAGGGUGGCCACCAGGCGGCAGGCUUGUGCGUCUCCAUCGUCUUCGGAAUAGGCGGUGGUGCCCUAGUAGGUACAAUCCUGAGGUUCCCUAUCUGGGGAGAUCCUGAAGACGAUAACUGCUACGAUGACGAAGUUUACUGGGAGCUUCCCGAGGAUGAAGAAAGCAUUCCUCCUAUUCUGGAGUACAACAACCACAUGGUGACCAAAAACCCUGACAUGUCUGAGUCCAACUUCUCCGUGGAGCAAAGUUAGUAAACUACUGUCCAUGAUCCUACAGCGGGCCAAAACCCCACAGAUAAUAGUUUAUCUCCAAAGGAAGAAAAGCACAACAGCGGACAAGGACUCCAGUCUCCUUGACUUAUCUCAGUAAUAAUUUGUAUGGACGUUUCUGUUAACUAAAUGAGUGAUUAUGAUACAAUUUGAACCAGUGAUAUGCUUUAGUUGUGGAGGGUGAAAUGCAAACAUCUGCGCUCGUUCUGAGUUGCACUUCGGUACCUACCUCAUAGUGGCUUUGAUCACAUGCUAGGUAGCCUGGAAACUGGGAACAGCAGUUGACAAAACUUGUUGAUUUGACUUGUUGACGUACUUUAACUAUGCUAAUUGCCAUAGGCCAGUAUUUACUUUUCAGCUGGUUUAAGGACAAUGUCCAUUUUAAAAUAUUCUCUAGGCCUAGCUUACAAUACGAAUUGUGUAUGUCUUAUCGAAAUGAUUUAUUCUUUAAAUGACUUUUAAAGUCUUUUAACCAACUCUCAGAGCUUGUAACCAUACUUUAACUACUCUUGAUUCUGCUUUUUUCCUGAGACGAUGGUGAAAAGCCUGGCAUUGGCUGAUGUUUAAUGAAGGUUUUUUUUUUUGUGCACAGCGAACCCUGUAGGCUGCUAGCCUAUAUCUAUCUCAUUCAGUAUUUAAUGGCUGCCUGUCAAAACUAUCUCGGAAAUUUGACUUCCUCUGACUCCUAGAUCACCAGUCGUGUGAUUUAGAGACACGAUUUUCUACCAGCUUUUAAUGCUGUGCUCAAGCUUCGAAUGGAUUCUUUCUAUGUAUUUAGCCCUUUAUUAUUAGUUUAAUAGAACUUAAAAAUAUUCAAAUGCAUUUUUAUUUUCAUAUCUGUGAAUGUAGCCUUCUUUGUAGGCUUUUGUAUAUUGUUGUUUUGUGAAAAUAAUGUACGUGUAUUUAAGGAAUAUGAAUGGAAACGUGUUACUAGAUGUUCGUGAUGAAAUAUAUUCAUUAAAGAUGUGAAUUAAA